ACAUCUGGAUUUGAAAGAUUUUAAAUAAUUAUGUGACUGGUGGCUAAUCCACCGGGUUCCUACCAGCACCGUGAGCUGCGUAUCUACAAGGUAUUUCCUCCUUUGUAAGUGACUGGAGAGAGCUAAGCCUUUGUUGCAUAAAAGUUUGGCUGAGACUCUCAGAGAAAAUCCCAAAUUCCUGAUCAAACUGGCAAGCAGUGCUGGGGCUCUGGCCUCUGCUCAGAGGCUGAAGGAGGUUCCUGUGGACCUCUCUUCAGGUGAGACAAGCUGAGAGCAACCUUGCGUUCCUCAGGAAGCUCUCUGCUUGGAGCAGGUGGAAAAGGGAGGGCAGUGCUCUUAUAACAAGUUGGCGUCACUGAGGAGUGGUGGAAAAGCUGCUUUGUGUCAGUGAUAAGCCUGAUAGUUCUUUUAUGCGGGAACCUCCCUUGAACCUUGGCUGGGUACGUGUCAUGGUGGGCCUUGCACUUCAUACCAGAGCUGUUCACAGGGGGAAGCAAAGGGUUGUUGUCCCUCCCUCCUGGAGCAACCAAAGGAGUCCCACAGCUUGAGGGUCUUCUGGGCUUCUCGGCCAUGGUCGCCAGGCUCUCGGGUUGAAAGUAACUUAGGAGAAGUAACUUGCUGUUUCACAUCCGUUUGGCUGUGGCGAGGUGCCAAAGUACUUCACAGCUUCCCUUCUACUUAGCUGUGUGGCGACCCUGGCUGUGCACACAACCUGCAGGAAGAGCCAUUGGGCAGGUUAUGACUUAGGGCAGAGCCUGGUGUUGAGAGCAGAUGCUGCAACAACCCGCUCCUCACCCAGCACUUCUGCCCCUAUUCUCCCCCGCCUCGUGUACAGAGAGACGAAGGCGGCUGCACAAAGGCGGCGGGCAGGGAGCUGCGGUACGGCCGGGCCCUGUCAUCUCCCAGGUGCCAUGAAUGCAGGCCCCAUCCAUCAUCUCGCAGCCCGGGGCGCAAGAAGCUGCUCGGCUACCGAACCCUGUCCGCCGCAGACGGGGCGGCUUUGUCGGCCGGACAGAGCCGCUCUUUUGUGGGCUCCGUUUCCAGGAUUUAUGCAUUUACAUAAUGGAUUAGCAUGAAACAAAACGCAUGGCGAUGCCCCUCCGCCUCUUCCCACUCUUUCUGAGCCCGUCGGGCCGAGCUGGCUCGUGACGGGGACCUGUUUCCCCGUGCGGGUAAAAGCUGCGGGCAGAGCAGAGCCCGGCGGGCAGCAACCCCCGGCGGAGCGGAGCGGGGCGGGAACUCCUCACUCGCAGCCAGGGGGCCGGCCCGUGUGCCCGCCCCGCCCCAGCCGGCAGCAUAGAAAAGCGGGGCUGGGCGGUGGGGGGCUGCUCGGCGGCGCCCCGAUCUCCUCCCGUCCUUGGCCCGGCCGGCCAUGAAGAACGCGGUGCCGCAGGCGGCCUCGCUGCUACUGGAGAAGCUGCUGCUCCUCGUCCACGUCCGGGCGCUGCCCGCGGGCACAGAGGGCGGGGAGCCGCUGCCGGCCGCCUCUGGCUAUUACGACACGAGCUGCUUCAGGCGGGGUGACCUGCUGGAGGUGCCACGCACACUCUUCGUCCACUUCGGCAUCUACCUGGGUGAGAACCGUGUCGCCCACUUGAUGCCUGACAUCCUGCCAGCCUUCACCGAUGACCGCCGGCAGAUCCAGCGGGUGGUGACCAACAAGCGGCUCAUCCUGGGCGUCAUCACCAAGACAGCCAGCAUCCGCGUGGACACGGUGGAGGACUUUGCCUAUGGCGGCAGCAUCUUGGUCAACCACAUGGACCGGCUGUUCAAGGACCAGGUGCUGGGUAGCGAGGAGGCCGCCUGCCGUGCAGAGAAGCUGGUGGGCACCACGGCCUACAGCCUGCUCUGGAACAACUGCGAGCACUUCGUCACUUACUGCCGCUACGGAGCCCCGGUCAGCUUCCAGACUGACAAGUUCUGUGAGACUGUCAAGAUGAUAAUUCGUGACCAGAGGAGCGUUCUUGCUUCGGUGUUCGUGGGCUUAGCAUCCAUUGUCUGCCUGGGUCUGGCACCCUCCACUGCGCUCCCCAUGAUCUUCAUUACCUUUGUUCUGUGGAUGGCUGGCUAACAGCCCACCCACAGCUGUCUGUACAUAGGAUGUACACUACUGUAUUUAUGAAACCACAAAUUACUCGCUGACGUUCUGUAAAGUUACUUAACCUUGUGUGCCACUUUUAAAUGUAACUCUGUCUAGAACACAGUGCACAAGGUAUAGCUUACUGUGUAAGCCAAAUUAUAGAUUUCCUGAAAAUCUCUGUAUGUUCUCACACACCUUUAAAAUCAUGAAAAAGUAGGGGUGCGAUGUGGUUCUGCUGCAUGCCUUUAGCCUUAAGUGAUUCUGUUCAUGUCUUUCAUGCUCUUUUAUUUCCUAGCUGCAUGCCUGGGUGCUACGGCUAUUAAUAAAAAUGGAUGAUGGAGUACCAUACAGUGA